CGGAGAAAGGAUUAAUGUUUUCUAAAGAAAUCAAGAACUUCACCGAUCAAACAAAAUCGUCCAUAUGCGCAUGAGCGACUGUAUGCGUUAACGAUUGCUUAAGCGUGUGUGAAAACGCAUGCGUGCUGGUGCUGGGAAAUCUCUACCGUAGAAUACAUUGUCACCUCAAUCACAUAAUCACAGAAACAGGAAAAAGAUCCCAUGCGAGAUGGGGUAAGAAUCGAUUCCUACCUUACUUUCCGUCGAAUCUGUUGUAGCUUUUUCACGUAAGCCACCAGAAAAAAGGCAUCUAUAGAAUGAAGAAACCAUCACAUACUUCGCCACUUGACAUUACAAUACGAAAGUGAGGAGCAUAAAAGCAAAAGAUGAAAACAUUGAGAAGAUAUAAGUAUUCCCUAGUGCCUGAAAGACCUUCAAGCAGAGGAAGGAAUAAAAGCUCAUAAAAUCCCAAAACCAUCAACAUUGCAUCUGACCUUACACCAUGAGCAGAAGCACCAACAAUAACACUACAGCCUAUUCUCCUCCUCUUCUUACCUAUCAUGAUCCAUAUGACUACUUCUUUGGAAUCAAUGACGAUAUUGGUGAAUGGCCUUUCGGACAAUCUAUUAGUCCCCUGUAUGAUAAUUUUCAAGCCACCCAAGCUACCAGAACAGCUGCAUCGGAUUCAAGGCGACCAUUUGAGGGAACGCAAGCACGAGCACGAGCACAACCUCUUGGCUUAGCAGGAUCAGCAGCACCGCCAGGUUCCCGAAUUCAUAUUCUGGUCCUUGGCGACGAAAUGGCAGGUCAGGCAAACCCCUGGAGACAGAUCACCGGCAACCAAUGGAACGCAGCCGCCCCGUCUAGGCUGGAACUGGGCUCAAGAUUGAGCAACACUGAGCAAAAGCGGGCAUUGCAGAAGCUCAAAAAAGAAAUAUACAAACCUUUUAGGAGAUUAUCACAGACGGUCAACUUGUAUUACAGAGACACGGUUGUGAAUGCGAAUGAAAUGGAGAAGGAUGAAAAUAGCAAGAGGUGCGCCGUUUGCUUGGAAGACUUCGAGCCCAGACAAGAGGUUAUGCUCACACCUUGUAAACACAUGUUUCAUGAGGAAUGCAUUGUGCCAUGGGUGAAGAGCAACGGCCACUGCCCCGUCUGUAGGUUUGCAAUAUGUGAGUAAAGCAAGGGACGCUGCUCUGCAUCCUUAACAACAAAAACAAUCAAAAUAUCUUAUGUUGAGGCCAAUGCUUUUGUUGAGACUAUCACUCAAAGUUAGAUAUCAAAUGAAGCUUGUACUUAAAAAAUGCCGAAAUGUUUGUGCCUUUAAUUAGAAUGCUAAAAUGCUUGCUAAUACUCCACAUAUCAUGAACUAUCUCCUACCACCCGCUUCUUCAGAAAACGCUUUUAUUGCUCAUAAUUAUUUUUAAAUUUUUCUGUCAAGCCCAGUCAAAAGUGUUUUCGUUUGCCACAAAGCGCUUUUAACCC